AUGAGUAGCAGUGAUGCGGAUAAUGCGGGAUGGUACAACUUGAAGAGGGUGAUUGUCGAGGGAAAGAACUCUAACGGAGGACCAAAGACUAAGAACUUUGGCACCAGGCUCAGUAGCUUCACCUGCAAGAUUAAGAAGCCUGGCAAGAAAGAGGGUGCUGCGGAUGCGGGAGCGGCGCGUGGACAACCAUCGGCACAUCACAUCACCAUCUCACCAGCGGUAGAACCGAUCCAGGCCGAUUGGAAUCGCCCGUCUCCGUCUGACAACACCGAGGCUGCUUACCCCUAUGCCAUGAUCGAAAGCCCACCAGUCAGAUUCUUGGCUCCACCACCCUUCAAAACCGGCAAGUGGUAG